CUAAGGCUCCUCCUUUAAAAAAUAAAUCUUAGUUCUAGUAAUCCAGACAGACACUGACAGGCGCGCGCAUUUUACGCACGGGAUAAUAACAGUGUCUUUUCCAGACAAAGACAAUCAUUAUCCAAAUUUAGACCUCCGGAAAUUAUGUAGUCCUCUGACAUUGUGUUGCUGGAUGUGAGCUUUGGUGUGUGUACGAUCUGAGGAACGGAAAAAAGUCAUCUGUCAGGGUUGGAGUGGCUCCCGAAACGUCACAUCCACUCUUCUAGUGUGGGAAGGAGCUUGUUCAGGGCUGCGGUGCCUUCACUGAUCACUGGACCACAGACCUUCAACACUGCCUGACUGGAUCCUGCAGGAGUGAAACAGUUUCACCAUGACGCUCUGUGGACUUCUUCACUUUUUAGCAACUCUUGCGCUCAUCGGUGGAACACCUUUCCAGUAUAACAUGUUCCAGGGCAGCGCGUACUCUGGCUCCGACACACGCCAGAGGAACAAGAACUGGUGCGCCUACGUUGUGCACAAGAACGUGAGCUGUGCCGUGGUGGGAGGCACGGAGAGCUUCAUGCAGCCGGAGGUGUUGCCGUGUCCCCCGGAGCUGCCAAACUGUGCGCCACAAGUGAUAUAUCAGACACACUUCAGGCCGAUGUAUAAGAUUGCUUACAAGACUGUGACGGAGCUGGCGUGGAGGUGCUGCCCGGGGUACCAGGGCUACGAUUGCAUGGAGGUGAAAGACAUGAAGCAAAUCCAAGUGGAACGUUUGCCUCGCGUUCCUGCUGCCUCUGGACACAUUCCAGUCCAACAAGCUCCUGAAGAGCAGACAGCAGGCCAGAGGAACCAUCCAUGGGACGGGGAGCGGCAUUUCGGAGGUGCGACAGGUCACAGGUCACCACAUGGUCGUGACGGAUAUCAAAAUUCCCAACACCUGGAGGAGGAGGUGCAGCGACUGUCCACGAUGGUCCUCGACAUGCAGGCGAGAAUGACAGACAUGUCCUCUAACCUGAGACUGGAGUUCCAGGAGGAUGCCAGUAAAAUGCUGGUUACUCUGCUGAACAACGUCGGACAGCCCGUCAGUGCGAGGGGCGCGGAGGCCGAAACCGUUCAGGUGCAGGACUUCUCGUUUGAGCUCCCGGCGAUGCCGAUUGAUGAGGUCAUGAACAAGAUCAGCCAGGUCUCAGAUGAUUUAGAGUCCAAGGGCAACACUCUGAAUGACCUGCUGGGUCGCGUGGAACGUCACGAUGGACAAAUCCAUCUGCUAAUAGAGGCCACCCAGAACCAUCUGUCCACACCCCCUCCUCCCCCUCCCCCUCCAGCCUAUGACCUGCGAAGUUACCUGGACGAGAAGAUCAGCGCCUUGAGAGAGGAGUUAAUGGAGGGCAUGGACAUCAAACUGGGAGACCUGAAGAACUCAUGCGAUUAUAAAAUCAUGUCAGUUCAGGAAAAUUGUGAGGUACAGGAAGCCAACUACCUCAGCUUGGUCGAGCUCAUGGAAUCAAAGGAAACGGACCUUCGCAACGAGAUCCAGGACCUUAAGAACAAGCUUGUUGAUCCAGGGAAGGAACAGAUAUGUGACUCUGUUCUUGCCUGUGUGGAGAACCCUGAGAUCCAUUGGAACUCGUCUGAGAAGACUUCUGUAGUGGAGAAGCUGAAGAUUGAGCAAGCAGAGGCCAUCAAAGACCUGAGGGAGACUCUGGAGGACAAGCUGGCCUCCAUGGAAGACAGACUGAACACCCAGUUUGUAGAUACAAGCACCAACUCUCCGUCUGGUGGUCGGCCGGGCACUCAGAGAGACUUUAACUCUUUGAAGGACUCCGUUCGAGCUCUAGAGGUUCGAUUUGAUGUCUUGGAUCGACUCUGCUCGAAGGCUAAUGCAACUGUUCUAGAAAACCUUCAACAGGACUUCCAGAGCUGCAGAACAGCUGUAGAUGCCAUGGAGACUCAUCUAGAAACCCAGGGGCAAUUCCUCAACGACAGCACAGGCAUUGAGAAUAUAAAUAGUGAGUUGAGCAAUCUGAAAGACCGCAUGAACUCGCUUUCAAAUAUUGUCCGCCAGCAGUCUGAGAGUCCCAACGCUUCCUCGGGUCAAGUUAAAACAGGAGCUGAGCAAGAGGCCAAAGACCUUCUGGAGCUCCACAGGACUCAGCAUCAGGAGCUGAGAGACCGACUCGAAGAGCUGCGCGGGGAGGUAAAAGCCGAGGCCGACCACUGCAGGGAGCGAACGGAAGAUGUCGGGAAGGAGAUCAGCAACAUAGACAGCCGCAUCGUCAGCAUGGAGAGUUUAUGCCGCAAGCUGGACCCGGUCGCCAGCAGCCUUCAGAGGAUCAAAGAGGGUCUGAACAAACACGUUACCGCACUGUGGACCUGUGUCAACCAUCUGAACGGCACAGUUGGAGCUCAUGCAAGAAACAUUGGAGAGCUGAGGGGAACCUGUCAGAACCUCCAGAACCUCAUCUCUAAUGGAGACCUGCAGGUGCAGGUGAACAACAAUCCUGGGAAGACGGGUGUUCAGGUUCCUGUGGAGGACGCAGGACUUCCUCAGGGUUCAACCAAGACCCUUCCAGUGCCGAUGGGCCCGGUUGAUUCCCCCCUCCCGCAGCCGCCUGUGUUAGAGACCGGAGAGGCGGGACCCCCCGGCAGGAUGAUCGCGUCCAAGCUGCCCAAGGGGACGGACGGCAGCAUGAAGCCCGUUCAGGGUUUCGCUGGAGCUCCAGCGUCCCCCAACGCCAAGUUUACUGACACACCAAAGUCCAGCACGCCCCUCACCUCAGAUGUGAACCUGCCUCACAGACCAUCACCACACAAACUCGACCAGGCCUCAGGUGAGAAGAUGUCGUUCUCAGCUGGUCUGACUCUGCCGCCGUCCCUGGGAGAGAUGGGAAUCAUUCGGUUCAACAAGGUGCUGGUCAAUGAUGGAGGACACUAUGACGCUCACACAGGUAUCUUCACAGCUCCCACCGACGGACGCUACCUGCUGACGGCUGUGCUCACGGCCCAGCGUGGCGAGAAGGUCGAGGCGGUCCUCUCCGUGUCCGAUCGCAGCGUCCAGAAGUUGGACUCCGCAGGUUUCCUGUCGGGAGCAGCAGCACCGCCGUCACAUGGUCAGUGUAACUGCAGCAGCUCGACGUCGCUGAGUCUGGUUCUGCCUCUGAGCAGAGGAGAUCGAGUCGGACUCGUCCAGACGGCCGGGAAGCUCGCCGCCUCUGCCUCCUCUGAGGUCCUGUCGUCUUUCAGCGCCGUGCUGCUCUACCCCAGCCCAUCCAAACGGUAGCCCCGACACUUUUAAAGACACUCGACAGCAUAUAUAAGGCAGAAGUGGAUGUCAUUUUUAAAAGACACUUUUCUAGAAGUGGAGCACAGUGUUCAGUAUUGAGAAUACACAAUACAGUCUCCAAAUUCUAUGUGAGAUUCUACUAUAAGUACUAAUAUAUAUAGUGUGUUUUUAUUGCAACGUUUUCAUAUUUCCUCAUGUGGAGUUUUGUCUUUGACCUAGAUCUUACAAACAGUAUGUUGCUCUGACAUUUAAUUGUUUAUUGUUUAUCUGAGCAUCCGAGUAUUUAAAUGCACAUACUACCCUGUACGGACACCACCCAGUAUUUCUUUUUGUACUUAUGUUAAUGAACCGUUUGUGCCAAAAUCUGAUUUCAAGUUGAUCUGAUUGGAUCGGCCGAUAGCCGAAAUCAGUUAGUGUUUGUUUUUCUCACAUCCUACAGUUCAUAGCAGUUUUCAUACACUCACACUCCUCUUGUUGGUGCUAAAAUUGUCAAUAAUACUGAAAAUGAGCUUUGACUGUUCUCUGAAAUGUUUUUUAUUAUUAUUAUUAAAGCAUCAUCCAACAUUUGAUUUAACAGUUCAUCACUACAAUACAUUCAGUAAACACACAGUUUAUGUACAGUAGGUUUCUACAGCUUUAACACACUAGAAAAUGACUUUAAAUAAUUCAUGUCUUCAGAGCUCAACUCUCACAUUAACAGACAGAAAGCCGAUCAAACAGCUGAAUGUAUUUAUCAAACACAUCAUCCAGAACGUACUUUGUGCAAACGUUGUUACAUCACGAUGUAACAACAGUCUACAGGAAGAACCUGAAGCAGCAGAACUACAGAAGUGUUGUGUGUUUACUUCACACAGAGUUUAUCACUUUCAUAGAAAGAAUUACAUUUCUCUGUCAGUCGUCACUGAGCAGAAUAAAAACAAAAACAGACUUAACGUUAAUAUACUGCAGUUGUCACGAUGACAGAAGUCUGGCGGAAACAUCAGCAAUGAUGAUUCAAAAGUCAUCAAAAAUAGUUUCAACUGUUUGUCCAACUACAUUUUUCUUUUGGAAAAAUACUUAUUACCAAGUAUGAGCAUCAUCUGCAGCUCUAAAAGUCCUUUUUUUAAUCAACUAUAAG